AUGUCCUUGUCCCAGCUGUCCGGGGGCUUUCCUGCUCUGAGCAUGGCCUGUGGACCCCUGCCUGUCUGCCCUGUGGCGGGUGAUGUGCGCCCUUUUGCUCCGUCCUUCCUGAAUGUCUCCUUACGCCUUCAUAUUCAGCUCACAGGAAUUAGGAUAGAGUUCUAUCGCAUGAUUGUGGGAUACCUUUUGUAUGAUGUAAAUCCUCCUGAAGGAUUCAACCUUCGCAGAGAUGUCUAUAUUCGCAUUGCUUCCCUUCUAAAGACCUUGCUGAAAAGUGAAAACUGGGUGUUAGUCCUGCCUCCCUGGGGACGACUUUAUCACUGGCAGAGCCCUGACAUCCUUCAAGUCCGGAUCCCUUGGUCUGAGUUCUUCGAUCUCCCAAGCCUCAACAAGAACAUCCCUGUCAUUGAAUAUGAGCAGUUCCUUGCAGAGUCAGGUGGGCCCUUUAUUGGACAGAUUUAUGUCCUACAAGGCUAUGCAGAAGGAUGGAAAGAAGGAACAUGGGAAGAAAAAAUAGAUGAAAGACCAUGCAUUGAUCAGCUCAUGUACUCCAAAGACAAACAUGAGUACUACAGGGGAUGGUUCUGGGGUUAUGAGGAAACACGGGGCCUAAAUAUCUCUUGUUUGUCUGUACAAGGAUCUGCCUCUAUUGUGGCUCCCAUCCUUCUGAAGAACACUUCAGCACAGUCAGUGAUGUUAGACAGAGCUGAAAACCUUCUUCAUGACCACUACGGAGGGAAAGAUUAUUGGAAUACCCGUCGGAGCAUGGUAUUUGCUAAACACCUCCGUGUAGUGGGAGAUGAGUUUAGAAACAAGUAUCUUCAAUCCACGGAUGAGGCAGACAGGACUCAUUACAAGGAGGACUGGACACAGAUGAAGGUUAAGAUGGGGACGGCUCUAGGUGGUCCAUACCUUGGGGUACAUCUCAGAAGGAAAGACUUCAUUUGGGGUCACAGAGAAGAUGUGCCUUCCCUGCAAGGAGCAGUAAAGAAAAUCCGUAGCCUCUUGGAAAUGCAUAAACUUGAAAAAGUUUUUGUAGCCACUGAUGCUGUCGAGGAGGAGAUUGAAUUGCUCAAGAAACUGCUGCCUGAGAUGGUGAGGUUUGAACCCUCUUGGGAGGAGCUGGAACUCUACAAAGAUGGGGGCUUGGCCGUGAUUGACCAGUGGAUCUGUGCACAUGCAAGAUAUUUUAUAGGCACCUCAGUUUCAACAUUUUCCUUCCGGAUCCAUGAGGAAAGGGAGAUCUUGGGAUUUGAUCCAAAAACAACCUACAACCGAUUUUGUGGUGAAAAAGAGAAAAACUGUGAGCAGCCAACUCACUGGAAAAUUGUGUACUAAAAUACAGAGAAACCCAAGGACUUCCAUACUGGUGAGCCCAAAAGAAUAAUGAAAAAUACAGGGAAAUACCUUCCUUUGACCAAACUGCAACUCAGUCUUCUACCCUCUUCUUGGUGUUUACUUGACAUUUGGGUUUUGAAGUAUAAAUAAUAUUCAUCUUCUUAGUCAGGCAUUGAUGGGAGUGAGAAAAAUGAAGUCAGCCUGGGAUCCAGUUCUCAGCACAGCUAGGAUUUGAGGACAAUACCAGACACUGCAAUUCAGACUUGAAAGGCAAAACUUUGUCUUGAAACUGAGUAACAAAGUUAAGUCACACCUUUCUUUGGAGUUCUAAGGAAGAAGUGGAACAGUUUUAACUUUCAUACAUGUAACACAGUUGUGGUCUAUACUGCAUUUCUAUCUUUAUUUUUUGUUCUGUUCACUGUUCACCUCUCUGAUUGCAAAAAAUACACCUUGCUUUUGUAACCUGCACUAUGUGAGCUGCAGAUUCUGUGUAAACUCUGCCGUUCCUUGGGGAAAUCUUCACUUUUAAAAUAGUAAUCUGUCCACAUAAAAUUUUCUGAUGCAGUCAGUGCUUGAUAUAAGAAGAGGAGGUGGUGUUUCUACCUCAACACCAGCUGCUUUGAAUAGCAGUCCAGUGGAUCUAAAAGUGAAGCUCCCGUUUGUUCCAAUAUGGGAAGGCCCAGGCCAGGGAGAUAAGUUGUUAUACCCAGAGUGAGAUUAAGACACAAACCAGGUCAAAUGCCGCUAACUGCAGGCCUUUCAUGGUUACUUACCUGAACAAAGUACUUAAAAGAAAGUAGCACUAGGAAAGGGAGAGAAAACAGAGAAGAAGGAAACGUAGCAAGCAGUUGAGUUAGAGCUGCAAAAGAUAGUCACCACCAUGGAGCUAAUGGAGUCCCGUCAGCCGUCAGUCUUCAUGUAUUCCGGUGGUGAGGGUCCCAUUCGCUGCUUGGGUGCACCACCUUUUACAGGGCAUUUGGGGAAGGUUGUUUCCUAGACAACGGCACAUCCUGCCUACCUGCGCAUACUCUCAGUUUUGGUGCGCUUGGUCCCGUUAAGUGGACGCGGCCACUGCGUGAUCAGUCGCCAUGCAUGCUUCCACAGGCUGAGGCGGUUGCUUGUCUCUGGACAUACCCUCCCCCAAGGUGGCACGGCUGUUCUGUGACUCAUGUUGUCAUGACAGCUGGACUGAGCCAGACUGUCUGGAAGUCUUGCAGAUGAGCUCACUAGAGUUGUAAACAAGCUUUGAGACAGUCAGCUCAAGGUAAAGUCUCUUACGCAGUUUGAGAAGGGUUUUAUACAAGUACCAAUUCUAGCUCUUGCAGUCUCCCGCUCUGUAGGGUUGGCUGCUGGGAAGUAUUCUGCUUCAUUCUGUGCUUCGGGUGGGUCUUUUGCCCUGCAGGUCUUACAUGGCUCUGUUAAGCAGGAGAAACCUUUUUCAAAAGUGGACUAGGAGACGGGUUUCAAAAGGUGAGGCGGACAUUUUUCCUUGAAGUCAGUUUUACCAGAUUGCCUUGCUGCUAGCAGACCCUCCACUUGCUCUUUUCUCUUGGUUUGAGUUAGGAGUAUAUGUAACCCUCCUGCGCUGUGCGGUGGACGUUUCACAGAUGCUCCCAGGCAAUGAGGUUGUUUCCUCCUGUGCAACUGCAGCGGUAGCUGUGAAGACUUCUCAGAGAGUCGUAGCACGAGCUCUCCUGUUCUUACCAGCUGUUUAUUGUAUGGCCGUGCAGCAGCUGAGCCUCUCUGGCGACAAAGUGGGGAGCCCAGUGUUUCAGAGCAGUGCCUUUUCCCACCAAGUCAAACGUUCUCGUUGAGCCUGCACGCCAUGUAAAGCACUGGUGGUGUGUUAUGUGUAAUGUAUACCUCGUUAAGAAAAAUAAAAAGCUUUGUAGCAUUUUAUGUGACGUGCCCAUGCUUCUUACGGCUUUCUAACCGUGCAUUUUGCUGCCUCCUGGCUCCCUAGCAAUUGGAUUCUAGCGUAGGAGAAACUUGGAUAAAGCCUGCAUGCCCCGAGAAGGGUUUUUUUCAUCAUCUGUGCCAUGAGGUGCUGCAUUAGCAAGUGUAGCUGGCAUUACCCUUCUGGGCACUGGGAGCCUGCAUCUGGUAAAUCUCGGUGCCCCCCGCUGCAAGAGGGAUGUAGGAGAGAGUCCAGCGGAAGGCUGCGAAACCCAUCGGCAGCUGGAGUCCACGGUGCAGGAGGGGAGGAGGAGAGAGCUGGGCUUUUUCAGCCUGGAGAAGCUGAAAGAGGGAUCUAACUGUUGGCCUUCACUACACAAAAGGGGGUCACAGGGAAGGCCGAGCUGGGCCUUCCUCAGCGCUGCACAGCAAAAGCACCGGGAAGCUACAGGCACAACCUGCCACAAGGGAACUUCUGCUUGGGCCUCAGGUACAGCCUCUCGCCCCCAGGAGCUGUGCAGCCCUGGGACAGGGCCCAGAGAGGAGCGGUGGGUCUUUCAGCUGUGCUUGUUUCAGCCUCGCUGAGGGAGUCAAGGGCAACAGAGGACAAGCUCACAUGCAAGUAGGGUGCAGAGAAAUGACACCCACCUUUCUGGCUCAAAUAGAGGAUGGGGAUUAGAGAGAUGAGAGCUCACUCAAGGAUAUAUCCAGAAGAAAUCACUCACCAAAACAAGGUUGAGGGCCCUCAGUCCCGGGAAGUUUCCUCAGGUGGCAUCCCAACCCAAG